CCCGAAGAGCUCCCAUACAAUUCCUACUUUGAGUACUAUGGACCGGAAUAUCGUUUGGAUGUACCAGCCAACAACAUGAAGAACGACAACACUCCGGAGGAUCUACUCAAUCUCAGGUUAGUAACAGUGUUCAGGCGCCGCUCUGCUCUGCUCUCCUCCCAUGCGAGCGCAUCUAUUGAUUAUAACUGUUUAAUUUGUAAUCGCUAGGGCGCAGAUCAUUGAAAAUCUUCGUCAUAUUCCAUGCGCACCGUCAGUCCAGAUGCAGGAAGUGCCGAGAGACUACACCUCAUCAGAUGAUGAAGAGGAAGACGAAGAAUAUGAUGUUAGGAAUUCUCGACGAAUUUUGGAUUCAAGGAUUGUGCCGGAUGAGGAACUCUCGGAUUCGGAUGACGAGGAUGGACGCCGCAAUGUGCACGACGCUAAUGGCUCGUCGUUGAUCGGUUCGCCAGCCCUGGGCUCAAGCAGCGCAUCAGGAAGAUUGAGUGGACGUAUCACCACCACUUCAGCAGCACACAAUUUUGCUAGCCCUUUGGGAGCCACCAAUGGGAGCAGUUCUGGCGGCGUUAGUAGCGUUGGCCGUAAGUUCGCAGUAGGAGCACCAUCGGAUGCAGUCCAUUCAAAAUCAAGCAAUGCUCAGGGUGAAUGGGGUCAGGCACCGGCGACAAAGUCCAGCAAAAGUGGCCAGGGCGCUGGCGGUGCUAAUGCCUCAGCAGCAGCACGCCGCGGUGGCCGUGCCGUCAUGACUACCCCAUCUCAGAAAGCAAACAGUAAGGAGUCACAGUCGUCUUCGCAGCAAUCGCAGAUUAUGUACACUACUCCGUCAUCAAAGGGUCGCGAGAUCCAUUCCAAGGAGUAUCAGCCUCGAGAGUCGCAUCACCGUGAGCCUCUCCAUCAUGGACAGCAACCCUCUCAGGCAGCGCAUCCUUCCCAACAAGCGUCUCACGGACAGAGUAUGCAGCCUUCUCUUUUGCAGCAGGGUCCGCCUUCGCUUCACCAUCUUUCGAGGGACCAACAGCAGAUGCAGAUGCAACACCAGCAGCGCGAGCACCAGAUGCAUAGGGAACACCAGCAACACCGCGAUAUGCAGAUGAUGCGUGAGCAGGAGCAGCGAGAACUCGAGCUGCGUGAACGAGAGCAUCAUCACCAGCUUCAGAUGCACCAGCAGCGGAGAGUCGGUGGCAGCUCAAGCUCCAGCCGCUCAGAGUACCACUCACAGUACCCACCAGAGGAGAUGAUGCGGUACGGGGGACCUCCACAGGGCAGUGGAAGCGGUCAUCCUAGCUACUCUCAGCAUCCAUCGGCCAUGCACUAUGGUCAGGGUCCCCCUCCACAGCCGUCGUCGCAGCUCCCACCCCCAAACCAACCACUGCCUCACGGCCACAUGCACAGCGGAAGUGGAUCACAUAGUGGACCCCAUUCACAUUCGCUUUCUCACCCACACUCAAUGCACCACCAUUCCCAGGUCCCACAUGGAUCACAUCCUCAGCAUGUACAGCAUUCGGGCCCUCCUCCACCCCAUCAUCAUAUACAGCCGCAUCACCCAUCUAUGCCACAGCACUCGCAUCAUCAUGGCCCACAGCCUCCAUCGUCCCAGCAAUCGUCAGGUCAUCAUUACUCUGGAAGUGCGGGAAGCGGCAGUGGCAGCCGAGGCAGCGGAACCGGCAUCAGUCAAGGAAGACCUGGAUCGAGCAGUGGACCUAUACCUGGGAUGCAUUCGUCUGGAUAUGGGGGACCUAGUGGAGGCUAUGGAGGGUAUAUGUCAGAUCGGCAUGAGGAAGGACCGAUGGUGCACAGGGAUCGUAAGGAUCAUUACAAGGAACCAUCGAACAUGGACCUGGAUGAUCCGCGAAUGAUGGACACGCGUGCCCCGCCACCAUCGCAUGGCGGACCUAUGCCCCCGAUGGGUCAUCAUUCGCAUCCUUCACAUGGAGGGUCGAUAGACUAUGGCAGGAUGAUGCCUGGAGGGCCUGCCCCGCCUCCUCCUCACUAUGGACAUCGUCGCGGAGGAAGUCAUGGUGGAAGCCAGGGUGACCUGCGAGGGGCUGUGAUGGGAAGUGAACCACCAGGAUCUGGACCUUAUGGCGGCUGGGACCGAGAGAGGAUAGAACGGGAACGAGAGCGACACCAUGGCUACAGAGGACCCAAUGCACCUUAGCUUGCUUUGAUAUCUAUUUCGUUUUUGUUUUUGCCUCGAAUGGUCUGUUAUCUCUUCUCCCAUGCUUACGUCUAGUUGCUAAAAGCGAUUAAUCAAUAAAUAAAUAAAAAAAGAAAGGACAUACAGCAGGGAUG